AUGAGUUUCGGAGCUCCUGGCGGGGGUGCCGUCAACUACAAGCCAACUCCACCAGAGCGUGGCAGCUUCCCACUCGAUCACGACGGCGAAUGCAAGCAUUUGAUUAUGAAUUAUUUAAAGUGUCUCAAGUCGCAAAGAGGAGUCAAUGACGAGCAAUGCCGAGUGCUUGCAAAGGGUUACUUGGGCUGUCGGAUGGACAAGAACCUCAUGGCACCUGACGAAUUCAAAAAUCUCGGGCUUGAAUUCUCGCAGAAUGCGCCUGACAAGGAAAACAAAACGCCGGCUUCUGCGGCGGAGGAGUCAACUCGCUAA